AUGACUCUCCUCCAGUUCCUACGGCAAGCACGCCAAGUGCACCUCCAAUUUCUCAAGGGUUCAUUGACAGAACCCCCCAUAUAUGUACUGGGAAACCCUUCUGCCGAUCUCGACUCUAUCAUUUCCGCAAUCGUGUUUUCAUAUUGCGCCAAUAAUCGCUUGCCCUACGCAACUCCUCGACCUCAUGUACCGCUCCUAAACCUGCCGAGUGUGCCAGCAGGCUCUGAGCUAUACCGAUUGCGGCCAGAAUUUAUAACCGCAUUAUGGCUAGUAACCAAUUUCCCUGCACUGAAACCCGACGAGCAGUUUGAGAACUCGCUCAAGUCUGCGGGGAAACUGCUGUCUGAGCAUAUUGUCACGAUAUCAGACUUCGCACAAAGCCUGAAGGAACCAUCGACUCCCAAUGAAUUAUCUGUAGACUCAAUACUGGUAGAUUGGAAUGCCUUACCAGAGCGUACGGAGGGGCAACCAGGUCGUGGGUCACUGAGCGGGCUAUCAAAGUUAUCUUUCCAAGUAGUGGGAUGUAUCGAUCACCACAUCGACGAAAAUUUUAUUUCUGGUUGUCGAGAUCUCCCUCAAGGCCAACCGGUCAUCAUCCAGCCCGGUCCGGGGUCCUGUACGUCUCUAAUUGCAAACGAAAUGCGAAAGCGUGAGCUCUGGACCGCAAUCACAGGGUCGUCGGAUGAAUUAGUGCAGGUUACCAAGCUUGCUUUGGCCGCAAUUUUGAUCGACACCUCUAAUCUCACUGCGAAGGGGAAAGUGACUUUUGAAGAUGAGGAGGCAGUUAAUUUCUUACAUAGGCAGGUCCAGAACGCGGAUCCUGAGUGGGAUAUGGAAGCCUUUUACGAAAAGGUUCUUGCUGCAAAAAAUAAUAGCCUUGACCUACUUACUUUGGACGAGGUCUUGGAUCGUGACUUCAAGGACUGGACCGAGACAACCUGUUCAUCAGGUCAAAGGGUCAAGCUUGGGUUUUGUUCUUCGGUGAAACCAAUUCGUUGGCUCGUGCAAAAGGCAGGGGGCCCCCAGCAAUUACUCGAUGGAGUGCGCUCAUUUGCAGUUGCUGAAGGUAGAAAGCUGGAUGUCGUUGUCGUGAUGACUUCCUUUACCUCAAAAGCCGGCGAAUUCGUCCGAGAACUGCUCAUUUGUGCGCCUAACGGUGAUGAUGUCGUUGUUUGUGGGAUUGAAUCAUUCAUCACAAGAGCUGGUCCUGAGCUUGACUUGGUGGACUGGUCGGCCUUGGAUGGUGAACUUGUUGAUGUGGAAGACGAGAAGAUCCGCUCUUCACUAAAUGGACAUUCAGAUCUUUGGAGACGACUUUGGAUUCAAAAGAAUACUACUGCAAGCCGGAAACAAGUGGCACCUUUGCUGCGAACAGCAUUCGCCCAACUGUAA